CCUUGAUCAAUCAUUCACUGUGGACUGGAGAGUCUGUCUGAUGACAUGAGUUCACUUUCCCUAGGAUGACAAGUAUCACUCAUCUAAACAAAGCUUAACGUGAGCUCAUUUUCAUCAAGGAGCUCUUUUAUUUCCAAUAUGGAUAGAUUGAUAUGUGCAUUAUUGGGCUCCUACAUUCUGCUGCUGGUUUUAAACAAGUCUCUCACUGUAGAUGCAACGGAGAACUCAUGGAAUAUGGCUGAAACCAGGUAGAUUUCCAUAGCUUUUACUAGAAAUACUACUUUUAUUUACUACCACUGGGCGAUUCCACGCCAGCAGGAGAGGAAAAUAUUUUUUGUAUCUCAGAUUGUUCUGGCAAUUCUGACAUAGACACUUCAUUGAGAGGAAGGAUGAGUGAUAUACUUUUUACAUUUGUAUCACAAACCAUUUUUGAGAAAAUCAUGAUGAUAAUUUAGAGACAGAAUACAGACAGCGGAGAUUACACAAAGUUUACAUACAUUAUAUACAACUAGGUAGAGUGAGCAUAGAGCUAUAAGAGAAUGGGUAUACAGCCGAUGUGCAGUAUCAGUAUGAAUAUUUCUAAAUGCAGUAGAGUGCAGUUAUUUUGUGUACAUUUCAGAGAUGGCUUGAUGCGGUGUGCAGCAUAGAGUGCAUGCAUUUUACAGACAUGCUUAUCCAGAGCAACUAGGGUAAAGGGCCUUGCUUAUGGGCACAUCGACAGAUUUUUCAUCAAGUCGGCGUUUCGAACCAGCGACCUUUCGGUUACUGGCACAACGAUCUUAACUGCUAGGUUAGAUGUCACCUGUAAGACCCUAUGAUAUGUGAACCUUACAUGAUACAGACAACAUCUCGGUGUCAUUAUAGUCCUUAUAGUGUGCUCUAACAUAUGGAGAAUGUCUAGAUUCUGAAAUACACAUUUUCACAUUAAUUUAUUAAACAUGAAAACUAUUAAAAUUAAUAUUUCAAAACGACCCUUUUUGAUGUAGCUUAGUUUUAGACAUAUUGUCUCUUCAAACCCAUCAAAUUUCCAGAGUGGGCUCUGUGGUACUUUUAAUGAUAUGACCCAUUUUUACAUAGAAAUCGACAUUAUAGGUCAUUAACCAAUCACAGCCCUCCUUUAGGAUUGUAUAUUCAGCAAAUCACCAGCAGAGGGAGUUCCCUUAGAAUCCAUUUACCAUUCACUGUGUUGCUGGUGUUCAUAAAAUUGAUCAGAACUUCAGAAUUAGCAGAGCCCACUUUGGAAAUUUGAUCUACUUGUACUCAUAUUUAAAAUGAACAAAAUCCAAAAGGGUAGUUUUGAGAUAUUCAUAUUAUUAUAAUUUUUAUGUAGAAUAAAUUAGUGUGAAAAUGUGUAUUUCAGAAUCUAGACAUACUCCAUAUGCUAGAGCACACUAUAAGGAGUAUAAUGACAUCAAGAUGUUGUCUGUAUCAUGUACUUACAGGUCUAAAAAGGGCCAAAAAUUUAUGGUUUGUGAUUCAAAUGUAAAAAACAUGUCAAACAUCCUUCCUGCCAAUUACAUUUCUGUGAGAAUUGCCAGAAAAAUCAGAGAUACCAAAAAUAUGUUCUGCUCCAGCUGGAGUGGAAUCGCCCUACUUCAAUCUAAAAUGUCUGUGAAGCUUGAAACUAUAAUGGUAAUUGUAUUUGACUGAAGAGCAGGGCAAUCUGCUAUUAGGAGGGUCAGGAGUGUAAACGUACCAGCUCCUAUCAACUGUAAGAUGAAAAUGUGGUCGUCAUGGACCCCUUGUAACUCCUGCACAGACAAGAAGGUAAAAGGGUUGGUUCUCAUUAUACGGUUCAUGUUCAAAGCUUGGGACUAAAUGAUAUACUAUAGUUUCUAUGAUACACAAUGAUCUGCUGUUCCACUAAAACAAUUCUCAUAUUUUGUAUUCUUUAUGUAUAUUGCCCAGUUUCGUUUCCGUUACAUGGAGCAAGCAUCCCAGUUUGGUGGAAGACAAUGUUUGGACAGUCAGUGGGAAGAGCUGGCAUGCCCCACAGCACAGGCAGUGUGUUGGGUACCAGACAUCUGUGGAGAAAGGUUCACCUGCAAUGCCACAGGUAAGUGCACAAUAUACAUUACCACCAACCUUAAGCCAUGCAUACAAUGUUUUGAGUCUGCUUUUGUCUCCAAAUGUUUCAUGUGGGUUUGUGUUUGUGUUUGUGUGUGCAUACGUGCUUGUAAUGAGCAUGUGUGUGUGCAUGCGUGAUUGCGUGCAUGUGUGUACGUGUGUGUGUACGUGUGUGUCUCUCCAUCCGUCCUUAGGUCGUUGUGUGAGCCAGGCGCUUCGCUGUAACGAUGAGGUCGACUGUGAUGACGAGUCUGAUGAGAAGGACUGUGAGCAGGUGGACUACAGACAGGACAAGUGUUCCACACUGCUACCCAUCCCUGGAGCUGGCCGCGGCACUCAGGGGUAAGCAGAGGUCAGGGGUCAGAGGACAGGGGUAAUCAACAGUCAUGGUAAGUGGGAACAACAGGAUGCAUCUGACACACAAAAUACAUGUUGUUGCUAGUGCUGCGCACACACACGCACACACACACCUCAUUUGAAACAACAAUGAAGUAUUUCUCUUUAUUUUCCUAGCUUUAACAUACUGACAGGAGAAUUUGUGGACCACGUUCUUGACCCACAAUACUAUGGAGGACAGUGUGAAUAUGUCUACAAUGGAGAAUGGAGAAAACUCACAUAUGAUGCCUUCUGUGAGAAUUUACAUUAUAACGAGGAUGAGAAAAACUACCGGAAACCCUACAACUUCCAUUCAUACCGCUUCAUGGUACGGCACUGUCCUGUGUGCAUCAUCAUGUCGCAAAAUGUACCCUUUUUUCAAUGCUCAACUUAUCAAUGUUGAUUUUUGCGUUAUUCUAGGCCCAGGCUACUUCUGAAGGCUCCUCAGAGUAUUAUGAAGAUAUGGCCACAUUCUUGAAAGCCAGAAAGACGGAAGAUUCUUUUAAUCUGGGUGUUACUGUUGGGAUUCAGUACGUGGAGUUUGGAAUAGCAGGGAAUGUGGAGACUGAGUUUCUAAACAAUUUAACAAAAUACACCAAUCAGGUAAGAGAAUGUCUUAAAUAAUACCCCGAAACAGCCUCUUUAUACCCAAGGAACACAACUGUAGUUAGUCCCUGGCUGCGUUUCAUUCCAGGAAGCUAUUGCCUACAACCUUGUUUUCUCAGAUCCAUGAAGGGUAGUGAACGAGGGCAGAUGGGAAGGAACAUCCAUCCGGAAAUGAAACCCCUGAGUCCUACAUUUCUCAUUUGAGCAUGUAUGAAGCUGAAAAGCUCUAUACAAAUAGAGUUAUGAUUAUGUGUUCUCUUUUGUCCCUCAGGAACUUGGCUUCAUCAGGUUGCAGUCUAAGGUUCAGACAGCCCAGUUUAAGAUGAGGAGCGAGGGGCUGAUGCUUUAUGAAGACAUGUACCUGUCCCUCAUGGAGCUUCCUGAGGAGAAGUAUGACUUUGGCCUGUACUCCCGCUUCCUCAACACCUACGGAACGCACUACGUCACCCAGGGCAUCAUGGGAGGGACCCUGGAGUAUGUGGCGGUCGUCAACAAAACCGCCAUGGAAAAAUCUAGUAUGGUGUCCUUUGUUAUUUGUGUGAUGCUGUCGUUGAAUGAGUGAGCGAGGUUUCAGAUUGGGUCAGUGGUGGAAAAAGUGUGAAGGAUUUUUAGACCUUUCUAUAUUUUGGAAGGAACCGUAAAAUAUUAUCAUGUGAAUUAUUAUAGUCCAUGGUGUAUUUGAAGAGUCAAUUUCUGUGGUAAUUGAAUGCUUAUUCCAAAACUUGUUUUUGCUCUUGACUUUAACAGACAUUAAUGCGGGACAACUUAAAGGGUGUUUGGGCGGAUCCAUUGGCAUAAGCAGUCCUCUAGGCAAGUCGAAGCAGGUAGAAGUUGGAGGCAAACUUGAAGUCCAAGGUUGCGAAGGCAUUGGAUUUUAUGAAAAAGGUGUGUGAUCGUCCCAACCGACCUUAUCUUGCAAAAGACAACUUGGUUAACAUUUCCUACUUUUUCUAACAACACCAGAUGUCUAGCUCAUUUCAAAUGUAUAUUGUUGUUCAACUUUCGGACUUUCUGGUAGUAACAUUCAGUUGGAGCAAUUGUGGGUAACAGGGAUAGGGUCUAUUCUAUUUCACAUGAGUUCAUUCAGUAAGUAUACUGGAAUUGCAGUUUAUUUCCUGAGUUUACUGAAUUGAGAUGGACCCGUGUGGGUAUUGAUGAUUUCCCUCUGUAACCCAGAGAAGGGAAGCAGCUCCAGUUUGAUCGAGGACAUUGUGACGCUGGUGAAGGGGGGCACCACAGGAAGUAGUGGGGGUCUGCUGGCCAUCAGGGACCCUGACACAUACAGGAAGUGGGGCCUUUCUCUCAAGUACAACCCAACGCUCAUCGAGUAUGAGGUAUAAUAGCAUUUACUUACAGAUAUACUUAAACACACUGUAUACAGCCAAUGAUGUAUAUAAACCAUGGAUUGCUGAUGCUAUGUAUUGGCCAAUGAGAGGCUUUGAAGUGACCGGUUGGCCAUAUUGACACUCCACAGAAGAAGCAGUCCUCCAAAGGAAUUAAUGGCAUUCUACAGUAUUUCAAUUAAAUGUUUCAAGGACAAAAGUAUUUUUUGCUGUAGUGAUGACAGUAACAUUAGAACUUUCUAAAGAUUAUACUUUAAGGAAAAUGUUUAUGUGUAUAUAUGUAUAUAAAUUAAAUGUAUAUGUAUGUUUAGCUCACAUAACAUAAUUUAAAAGUCUGUAAUAAAAUAAACGCGGCAAAAACAAAUGUAGACAUUCAUAAAUGCAUUUCUAUAGCUUCCAGAAUAUUUUUUACAAUGGUGGGGGAGUGCCAAGAUGGCGGCGCGGGGGCUUCACAACAGCGGCCCUUGUCAGUCAUCUAGUGUAUAUAUAAAUUGUGCAUUCAGCACACAGAUGGUGCUGGACAUUACAUCUGUGCAUGCUACUUGAAGCAUGGUACUUUUGCAUGUGUUUACUUUACUUUAUAUACAGUGCAUUCAAACAUACUGCACAUAGUACGUUCAAUAUGCACAAUAAUUAGUAACUCAUCAAGCAUGGUCUCCUCACCCCUCCUCUCCUCCCUCUCUCCCCUUCCCUUCCUCCACCCUUCUCCCCAGACCCUGCCCAUAUUUGAGCUGGUGCGUCUGAGCACAGCGGGGGACCACGUGGGGGCACGGACGGCCCACCUGAGGAGGGCGUGGGAGGAGUACCUGCUCCAGUUCAACUCCUGUCGCUGUGCCCCCUGCAGGCAUGACGGCAUCCCUGUCCUCUCCCAGACCUCCUGCCACUGCAUCUGCAAGCAGGGCUUCAGGGGGGAAGCCUGCGAGGACACCCUCAGGAAAGGUGGGUGUAACAGAGUGCUAUUAUAUGCAGUUACUUAUAUCCGCAAUCAGAUGGCAGCAAGUGCCACACCUUACUACAGUAACUAUGCUCUUGGGUUAGUACGUUUUAAGACUCCGAUGAGUGGGUGACACAGAGCCUGGCAUUCUGUCGUCUGAUAGGUUCCACGACGGACGGGGCCUGGAGUUGCUGGGGUGCGUGGUCUUCCUGUCAGUCAGGAAGUAAGACGCGCAGACGGUCAUGUGACAACCCCCGGCCAGAUGGGGGUGCCGCUUGCCUUGGCUCCUCCUCCCAGAACCAACGCUGUUGAUGUCACCAGCCAGAUAGGUCACAGCACAGCAGGGGGCACAGAUUUCAACACUACACCAGGAAGUUGGAGUGAAUACCAAUUAUGUAUGUUGAAUAAGUAAAGAAUGAAACCAACUCUCUUUUUAUCUGGCCAGAAAGAUAAGGGUCAAAAUGUUUGUGUUCAGAAAUAAAAACAGUUAAAGAUA